GGCUCUGAUGCCCUUUGCGGAGGUUGUGGUGCAUUUCUCCGAAGAGGAGUGGGCUCUGCUGGAUCCAGACCAAAAGGCCCUGCACAGGGAAGUCAUGGAGGAGACCUGGGGGAUCAUGGCCUCUUUAGCAGGUACUGUGCCGGAGAGUGAAAACAAAGAGGAACCACAUGCAAUACCCGGAGGAGCCCUGCAUGAGAAGCCGGCUGUUAGUUCACCCCAGAGGAUUUGCUUAGGCACAAAAUCGUAUAUAUGCCCAGUGUGUGGGGAAAGCUGCACUCAUCGCUCUGGCCUUACUAAACAUCUAAGAAUCCACACAGGGGGAAAACCAUAUGAAUGCUUGGAAUGUGGACGAGCAUUUAAGGACAGGUCCCACCUUAUUAGACACAGAAUGACCCACACAGCUGAGAAACCAUAUGAAUGCCCAGUGUGUGCCCAAAGAUUCAGCCGCAGGGGAAGCCUUAUGGUCCAUCAAAGUAUUCACACAGGGGAAAGACCGUUUGGAUGCCCGGACUGUGGGCAAAGGUUCCGACUCAGGAAAAGCCAUAUUAGCCAUCAAAGAAUCCACAGAGGGGAGAAACUGUACAAAUGUGUCGUGUGUGGUAAAAGUUUCAGACACAAUGAAAGCCUUCCUAGACACAAAAGAAUCCACCGAGUAGAGAAUGAACACUCGUCCUGCCAGAGAACGAUCCCGAUGGAACAUCAAAGAACAUAUUGGGAGAAGCGGACUUCUAAAUGCUCACACUGUCACGAGAGCUUUACUGAUCUGUUGGGCUUGGAGGAACAUGAGAGAACACACAGUGGAGAAGGCGCCUCAUAACUGCUGCUUGUUUGGAAAGAAGUUUGUUUGCAGCACGUCACCCAAUUUUACAUCAAGAAAUCCUGGAGAAUGCAAGAUUACUAUCUGAGCACCACAGUGCAGUUAGGAAAUCAGACGAUGCCUGCUCUGAGUAUCUUGCUUUUCUGUACGUUGGAAAGCAUUUGCACGGCCCUGGGCCCUUUUUAAUUAGUUGCCAUCUGCAUGGAACUGCCAGCAUAGAUUCUUUUAUGGAAACACGGAGAGCAGCCUGAUACACGAAGCUUGCUUUUUGCUAUGGACAGAUACACUGCAGCCAAUGGUUGACAUGCAGAAUAUUACACCAACACACAUGUUAAACAGGAGGAGAGUUUUCUGGCCACCUGCUUUCCUGGGGAUAGCUUUCUGUAGCUUGUGAAAGCACAUCCCUGAGGGCCGUGUGACCCAUGGGGACGUGUGUUUGGGACACAGAGGCAGCUUCUGAGGGAAGGAGAGAGUGACGCAGAAACAUCACUUAGCCUGGGAAUGUGUGCAUACAGUGAUGAUAUUGAUUGAUUGAUUGAUUGAUUUGAUUUCUAUACUGCCCUUCCAAAAAUGGCUCAGGGUGGUUUACACAGAGAAAUAAUAAAUAAAUAAGAUGGCUCCCUGUCCCCAAAGGGCUCACAAUCUAAAAAGAAACAAGAUAGACACCAACAACUGGAGGUACUGUGCUGUGGGUGGAUAGGGCCAGUUGAUGUGCACACAGUGCCUGAGUCUGGGUGCCAGCUAAUAUUUUUGGAGCAAAGGCCAUUUGCGUAACAAGGAAACUGAUCAAUGCUCAGAUUGUAGCAAAGUAUUCUGUGAUAAUUAGGCUGGAUUAACAGGGAAACUGCUCAGGGUGCUGUAAAGGAAACCUGAAUCCACAGGGGAAAGAGGCUGAGAAGGAAGGGGAAUGUAUCAAAGUCUUCUGUUGUUCCAACAGAAAUGUACAUUUAUUUAUUUAUUUAUUUAUUUAUUUAUUUAUUUAUUUAUUUAUUUAUUUAUUGUUGCAUUUCUAUACUACGUUUUGUUAAAAGACAACCCCAAGGUAGUUUACAAAAGUUAAAAACAUAAAAUAAAAAGACAAUAAAAAACAUCAAGCUAAAAAUAUAAAAACAUAAAAACCAGGCAUAAAAACAAUACAAGUAAAAACACACAGAAGCAGCAGUAAAACGAUUAUGUAAAAGCCUGGGUAAAAAGACAAGUUUUAACAAGCUUUCUAAAAGCCGUGAUGGAGUCUGAGGAGCGGAUGGCCACUGGGGGAGCAUUUCAGAGUCUGGGAGCAGCAACAGAGAAGGCCUUGUCCCGAGUGCACGACAGCUGGGCCUCUCUCAUUGUCGGCACCCGGAGCAGGGCCCCCUCAGAUAUCCUCGUCAAGCGGGCAGCAACCUUCGGGAGCAGGCGGUCCCUCAAAUACCCCGGGCCCUAACCAUUAAGGCUUUAAAGGUCAAAACCAGCACCUUGAAUUGGACCCAGAAACGAACCGGUAGCCAGUGCAACUCUUUCAGAAUGGGGGUGAUGUGCUCCCAACAGGCAGCUCCAGAUAGCACCUCGCUGCCGCGUUUUGCACUAGCUGCAGUUUCCGGAUAUUCUUCAAGGGCAGCCCCACGUAGAGUGCGUUACAGUAAUCCAGCCGCGAUGUGACUAAGGCGUGGCUAACUGUGGCCAGAUCUGCCUUCUCGAGAAAGGGACGCAGCUGGUGCACUAACCGAAGCCGUGCAAAGGCACCCCUGGCCACCACCUCCACCUGAGCUUCCAAAAGCAGAGCCAGGUCCAGUAGCUGCGUACUUGUUCCUUCAAGGGGAGUGCAACCCCAUCCAGAACCGGUAAAAUCUCCUCAUCCCAAUUGGCUCUCCUACUGACCAACAGUACCUCCAUCUUAUCCGGAUUCAAUUUCAGUUUGU